AUGUCAAGCACUCAGGUCUUCUCAGGCCCGGAUAUUGAGACCUACAAACCCGUGUUCGGUUUGUUAACAAGACGGCCGGUUCUGGUCAAACAGAAUAACAGCUAUCGAGGGGAAGUCUUCGCUAAGCGGCCUUUGUUAGGCCCACUGCUCUUCGACAACAAUGCAUCCGAUGCCAGGGAUCAUUGUGCAAAUGAGAGAACAUUUUUAUCUUGGCUUCGUCUCGCUGUCUACCUCGCAAUUGUAUCGGUCGCCAUCCUGGUGUCAUUUCACUUGAAGCAGCAGCCGUCUAAGCUUGAGAAAAGAAUAGCCCUCCCUCUAGGUAUUGUUUUCUGGCUACUAGCGCUGGCAUGUCUGGUGUCUGGUGUUGCCAAUUAUGUCAAGACUGUCACGAGAUACAGCAAGCGCAUGGCUCUAGUCCAGUCAGGCUGGAAAACUGAGAUUGUCUUCACUGUAGUUGCAGUGUCCAUCGUCGCGGCAUGUGUGCUUUUCCUUUCAACAAACAAAGGUGAAAAGUCGUGA